AUGACUGUUUUCGCUUCUUCUCCUUCUUCUUGCUUUUUCUUCCCGAACAUCACCGCCUGUAGUGUAUCCUUCCGCAAGCUGAAGGACUUCCUACGCGCCGAAGUCUGGAGUCAUAAGGGUGUCUCCACUGCGGACGUUGAGUGGGUUGAGCGGAACGGAUUUAGCAUCCUCGAAUCCAGUCUCUCAGUCGUCAAUAGCGGGAGCACUGCCGCAGCGGAGAGCGAGCCAAUCACCGUGAGGGCGUCCAGCGUGGCUGCAGUAAGUAUUCAAUCCGCCUAA